AUGACUACGCAUGUUGACAACAGCCUUUCCCCCCACGGCGGAACGCUCGUCGAGCGAGUACGGCCACUGACCGGAAUCCGCGAUGUCGCCGGUCUGCCAACCAUCGAGGUGCGCGAGCAGAUCGUUCACGAGUGCGUGAACAUCGCCUACGGGUUCUUCUCCCCGCUGACCGGAUUCAUGGGUAGCGCCGACGUGGCGGCGGUGUCCGCAACGAUGCGGCUGGCCAGCGGCUACGUCUGGCCCAUCCCAAUCGUGCUGGACGUCGCCCAGGCCGAGUUGGAAAACGCCGGCGUGUCCGUGGGCGACACGGUGCUGCUGACCCACCUCGGCAACCCGCUGGCGACCCUCGACGUGUCCGAAAUAUUCGCGGUUGACCUCACCGAGAUGGCGCGACAGGUGUACACGACCACCGACCCGGACCAUCCGGGGGUGCAGCGCACGCUGGGAUACGCCGACCGUUUCGUAGCGGGAGACAUCACGCUGGUUUGCGAGCCGGUGAUCAGUCCUCCCUUUGACCGCUUCUGGCGGACCCCGGUGCAACUUCGCGCGGAGUUGGCGGCGGCCGGAUGGCAGCGCGCCGUGGCGCACCAGACCCGCAAUGUGCCCCACUCCGGCCACGAGUACCUGAUGAAAGGGGCCUUCAUGGAGGCCCGCGCCGACGGCGUGCUGGUGAGCGCGGUCAUCGGCGAAAAGAAAGAGGGCGACUACAUCGACGAGGCCAUCGUGCUGGCCCACGAGAACCUGCGCACCCACGGAUUUUUCCGGUACGGCAUCCACCGGACCACCGCGCUGCUGUGGGACAUGCGCUACGCCGGGCCACGCGAGGCCGUGUUCCACGCCCUGGUGCGCAAGAACCUGGGAUGCACGCACCAUAUGUUCGGCCGCGACCACGCCGGCGUGGGCGACUACUACGGCCGGUACGCUGCCCACGAGAUCUUUGACGAACUGCCGGACCUGGGCAUUCGCUCCGUGCUCACGCUGGAGUGGUGGUACUGUCCCACGUGCGGCGGCGUGGCCUACGAGGGCAUCUGCGGCCAUCCGGACACCAAGCAGGACCUGGCGGGACGGUUGAUCCGGAGCAUCAUCUCCGGCGGAACCGAGCCGGCGCCCCAGACCCUGCGCGCGGAAACCCUGGCGUUGGUUCGCCAAUGCGCCGAGGAGUACGGUUUCGGCUCUCCCUUCGUCACGGAGCAAUACCUGACCGAGCGGACCCCGGUGCUGACGGUGCCCGCGGCCGCGUAA